GACCUAUCUACCUAGGUACGUCCUCAUUUACUUGAAAGUCGUUAGGUAUACAGAACGCUUUCAAAUCCAAUAUCUUCACCUCAGUUCCAUAUAUCUUUCCUUAUUUGCUAUCAAGUGCACUUUCUCUAUUUGCCUGAUUUUUAGAUUGUCUAAUGUUGGUGAAUCGCAACCCCAAGAAAUAUUGAUAUAGAGAGAUUCCAGGAUGGACUGGGACCGCAAUAGAAGGUUUGAUGAUCGCCGUGGGGGUGAGAGUUAUCGCCCAACUGGCAGAUCAGGACGCUCUUCCUCUAGAGGCUAUAUCCGCCACGCCAGAUCACCACCACGAAAUCGGUCGCCUCGCCUUGUUGCUGAUACGUGGGUGCCAUCAAAUAGUCGCGUUUACGAUCGUUUACGAAGUCGUUCACCCCCAGCGUUCCGGCGUCGCUCUCGAAGCCCUUCUUUCCAUAACAGAGAUGCUUGUGCUGGAACUUACGGGAGAACACGAUCCCCUAGAAGAUUCUCACCCAGACGCGAUGGAAGAGCGCGCUCUCCGCUGCAAACCUCCUGGCGUCCAAGAUCUCCCUUCGGUGAUAGCCGCACCCGUGACGCUUCCUGGGGCCGAACUACACCAAAACGUUUACGUGACCAAUCACCGCCUAGUCAGGAUUUCAGGUUUUUCAAAAGAGAGUGUAUCGCAUCGUCGACUUGCGACAGAUAUGGAAAGCCCGCUUCGCCGUCGCGGCGUAAUAUUUCCGGGGAAAAUGUUUCUCAUGCACCACUCUUGCCUCGGUCCCGAAGUCCUUUUCAAGGUGGACGUAGAGAGCGUUAUCCAGAUACCAUAAGGAGGCGUUCACCAUCCCCUUCAAAGGGCAACUCAUCUGUGCAAACAUCGACCCCGGGCUCGAUUGCCAAUUCUAGACGCUCAUCGCCUCUCAGUCACGUUGACCGGAUCAACUCACAGCCCUUCGAUUCUAGGAGUCGAUCUCCAGCUAACUCAUCCAUACCACACCGGCCAUUUUCUAGGCCCUUUGAUCGCUCACCCCCUUACCAAGAACGAACCCAUCCGGCGAAAUAUCAAGCAUUUGGUCGCGAUUGGACGAGACAUAUAUCUCCUAAUGAUGAACACACCGUUAUAUCCUCGGGGAGCAGGCGAGACCCAGAAAGUCAUGGGGUGACUCGGUCUCUGGAGAACCAACAACAAAUGGAAUCGAUUCAGUCGAAUGUUACACAUGCAUCUGGUAGUACCCCAAGCCAACCCAAAGCAUACCUUUUACCGACUCAAUUGCCACCGUCUGGCCCUUCCCAUGGCUCGAAGUCAUUUUCGUCCCAUAAUCGUGGACCGAAUAUUUCUUUGCUCUCGGCUCCGACCCGCCCUCGCUGGGCAUCAAAUUUUAGAGAAAAUUCCUGGGCAGGAGGUUCAGCACGUCGCGGCCCUGUUCCCAGUGCUCCUUCGGGUCCUCGUGGUAAUUUUACGCCGACUGGAUCCGGAGUCGAGACCAGUCGGCAGUCUGUUCAUCGCCAGAGCAGUGUCACCCCUACCACUCAUCCUCGUGCCCCAAGACUCACCAACCAUCUCGCAGGUCUCUGUUCAAUCAUUCCGGGGGGCAAGUUUUUUUUGUCUCAAUUAGAACCAACUAUGGAAAGGCGCUUGUCACAGCUAGCAGCCGACCAAGAAAGACUGUUUGAGCAAAUUGCUGAGAGGCAAAAAUUGAAGAGAUUUGGCAUGAGAGACUGGGAUAAGCUAGACAGAGAAAGCGCCAUCAGCGCUCUGAAAAGUGAGUUGGCAGAUGGACACCUGCAGCGCAUAACGGAUGGUGAAAGUGUGGGCGUUGGGACGACUUUCUGAAUGUUUUUUGUUUGGUCUUUGGAGAGGUAGUUUUUUCCAAUGUCUGGAUAUCCUCAUCAAUUUCAAGAAUAGGUGCAUUGAUCCGAUUCUAUGGAGCCUCGGAUACAUAUUUUAUAUAAUAACAUGGGUCGAGCAUCUCUUAAGAGCUAUGACCUAGAGUAAAGAAUCCAUACAUCAUAUCAUUAUCAUCUGCUUUGGCUUAGUUGAAUAAUGCGAAGCUUAGCGCGCACGC